AUGGAUGCGGAUAAAAUAGGUAACGGAGGAGUUUAUGAAACAGCGAUUCUUUCAGAUACAAUACCAUCAUCAUCAUCACCAACAACAAUUGGACACGUAGUUAGUAAUCCCGUUGAUGAAUGUCAAGCUUCUCCGUUACUAUCAUCCUCAGCUUGUGACAGUGGUUGCUACUCGUCUACAAUUGAAGAAUGGUAUUUAAUGCAGCCACACCUGUCAAUGGCAGACAAUAACGUUAAGCAACAGAAUCAAGAAGAAUAUCAAAAUCGAAUAAAAUCACCAAUAAAUCCAGACUAUAUUAAUCCUAAUAGUCGAUCAUCAGACGAUGAACCAUAUGAUAAAGUAGUAAUAAAUGUUAGUGGUUUACGUUUUGAAACUCGUGCAUCAACUUUACAACGUCACCCUGAAACAUUACUCGGUGAUAAACAACGGCGUGCAGAAUAUUUUGAUUAUAUGAAUAACGAAUAUUUUUUUGAACGGCAUCGUUCAUCAUUUGAAGCUAUUCUUUAUUUUUAUCAAAGUAGUGGACGUUUAACAAGACCAGAGCAUAUUCCUGCAGAAAUUUUUUUGGAAGAAAUUAAAUUUUUUGAUCUCGGUGGCGAAGUUCUCAAACGUUAUCGUAAACAAGAAGGUUAUGUUGAAGAAAUUCCGAUUGAAAAGCCAGCUAAUCACUUGCAGCGUGUUGUGUGGGAAGCAUUUGAAUGUCCUGAAUCGUCAAAUGUAGCAAGAGUUGUUGCAGUGGUAUCAAUCGUUAUGAUUACUAUAUCAAUAGCAUCAUUUAUUAUAGAAACACUUCCAAGUAUACGUAGUGAAAUGGUUGCACAGCCAAUAACAGUAUUCAUUAAUGGAACAUAUCAAGUUAUUCAUCCUGGUGGUGAAACAAGAUACUUUUGGAUAUUUUUUAUUAUUGAAACAAUAUGUGUAACAUGGUUUUGUUUCGAACUGAUCAGUCGUUUUGUGGUUGCACCGUCCAAAUGUGCAUUUAUCAAAAAUGGACCUAACAUAAUUGAUGUUGUUUCAAUAGUACCAUAUUUUUUACAAUUAAUUGGUUUAUUUUUUCAAAAGAAAGAUGGUAUAUCUGGAUUUUCAUCAACAUUAACUGUACUGAGAAUUGUACGUCUUGUACGUGUUUUUCGAAUAUUUAAAUUAUCAAGACAUUUUAAGGGUUUACAAGUGCUCGCCUUGACCUUUUUGGCAUCAUGGAAAGAAUUACUUCUAUUAAUGUUUUUUCUUUUUAUUAUUGUUAUCGUUUUUUCAUCGUUCAUGUAUUUUGUUGAAGGUGAUUAUUCUCAUGCGACACCUACAAAACCAUUACCCAUUUACACACCGACAUCAGCAGCAGAUAUAACAUCAUCAUCAACAUUAUCCUACGUAUCAUCAUCAUUUGAUAGUCUUGCAACUACUGAAUCGGGUGAUGUAUCUGCAGCAGCAAAUGCAAAUCAAUUUGUAUCGAUUCCUCAUUCAUUUUGGUACGCAAUCAUAACAAUGACAACUGUAGGCUAUGGUGAUUAUGUACCACGAACAAAUUUAGGAAAAGUUAUUGGUGCAAUAUGUGCAUUGACUGGCGUAUUAACAAUAGCAUUGCCUGUACCAAUAAUAGUAUCUAAUUUUACAUAUUUUUAUCAACGACAAUUAGAAGAUACUGAACGACAAUAUCAAUCACGACAAAGAGCACAAGCAAAUCAAUCUGGUCAUAACAAACAUAAUUUGGGCGUAAAUAAUGAUACAGAUGAUGGGCCUGAACACGACGAAUGGGAAACAACAUUUAAUGAACCAGAUUAUUCGGAUUAUCGUGAAAUAACACAUGCUGUUACAAAAAAAUUAGUACGUAAUGCGUAUUUUAAGGCGUUUCGAGGUGCAAAAAGAAUUUCUCCGGCGAUGCGUUUUCAAAGUAUGCCAACACCAGCAUCCUACAUAUUAACCAAUAGAAUUUAUCAAGCAAAUGACGAUAAAAAUGAUCACAGAAGAUAUGAAACUGAUGUAGAAAAAGCUUCUCUGUUAGAUUAA